AUGUUUGGAGGGUCGCGACGACACAGUCGGCAGCAGCCGCAUCCGCAGCUCACUCGGAUCACUGCAAACCCCAACGCCUCGACAGCCGCCGCCGCUGCUUUCAUGGCGUCCAGCAGCCAGAACCCGAACAGGGCCCUCUCGUCCGCCGCUGCCGCCGCCGCCCUCCGCGCCCGUCCGACGACGCCCACCAAUGUCGCCGACGUCCAGACGAAGCGGACCAUGCGCCGGAGCCCCUCGGUGUCGUCCGCGGGGAGCGGCGCCCGGACGCCCAGGCUCGAGAGGAAAGCCAGCUCGGGAAGCAUGUCAGAACGCUCCUUUCGGAGUCCCUCUCCCCAUGGCGAGCGCCGAGCAAUGUCGGGUGACCACCCGCCCGUGCCCGCCAUCCCUGCCGGCCACCGGGCCACCAAGAGCUCGAGCUCCGCCGGCGUGGGCAUGCAGAACUUCAAGACCGCAUCGCAAAAGAUGGACACGGGGCUGCCUUCGUGGUACACAAAACCCAGCGGAGACCCGACCAACGUCCGCACUUCUGAUGCGCCGAUGAACUACACAGCACAACCGCAGCGGCCCGAGAGCAUCACAUCUAACCAUCAACGAUCAGACAGCAGGAGUUCAUCUGUAAACUUCUCAUAUCCAGGUCGCUUGCGCGCGCAGUCUCCACCUGCGUCGCCCGUUGCCGACAGCUAUGCUCGAUGGAGCAGUCCCCCCAGGCAGGCAUCUUCAAAAUCAAAACGACUCUCAACUACCUCCUCUACUUCCGACAAAGCAUCGCAAAGCUUGGUCUAUGAUCCAAACUCGAGGAGGAUGGUCCCUAAAGCCGAUCUGGAGGCUGUGGAGUAUCAGGUUAGAGCAGCAAGUGAAAAGAAUCCUAAGAAGAAGAAGAGUCAGGUUGGUGUGCAGAGAUCUGGUAGUCAGCUGGCAAAGGGCACCAUUGCCAGAGUCAGGGGAACUAUGGUAGAAGCCGACGGGCAACAGCGCGACUUGGCUAAACGCGAGCAACCUGUUCUCGAGUCGCAGCACCCGACAACGGCAGAAAGGCAAGCACUGGAGGACCCUGCGAUAGGAACCUUAAUCACGGCGCCGCAGCCUCAGCAAGAGAAGAGAGAAGCAGAACAACAACGGCUCCGGUCUCCGGAGCCGCAGGAUUCGAGGUUGUCUACGCCAUCACCGGCACCGCAAGAGUCGGAACGCAUCACAAGCCCUCGGCCUGGCAGGCAAUUGGCUAGGAAACCAUCCGUUGUAAGGGAGGAGGCCGAGGAUGAUGUAGAGGACGUUGAUGAUGUGCCCCUACCCCCGAAGGCGGUUUUAGACGCCCUGGACAACAUACCUACGCGGCAGACUUUGUACGAAGGGGAAGAGAUCUCCUUGAAACCUAAGCCGCAGCCUGCCCAUCCUGGGGCAGCUGUUGAAGAUCUACCGACAGAGGGUCAGGCCUUCGCUGAGAAUAAGACGGUAGCUGGCCUAGCACGGGAAGGCAGUCUACCGAGAAGGUCAAUGUCGCAGAGUCCUGUUCGUCAGGCCCGCUUCGCCGCGCUACCGGCCGAAGGUCUCGUUGUCAGGCAUGCACCGCCACCCAGAUCUGCGUCUCCCAUAAAGUCAGCCCUGAAGCAGCACAGUCCCUCUCCUAGAGAAACAUCCCCGGCAGAGAAUGGAACAGCCGACGCAGCGAGAGCCAGUGCAGCUACGCCUGAUCUCGAAGCACCUCUACCACGUAAGAAAGCGGUCCGAGUCAGCUUCGACGAUCGGAGUCCGAUUGUUGUCGGUGAGUCUACACCAGCAGUCGAUGAAGUAGACUCGCCAGUGGUACCGAGCCCUCAACAAACACGCCGCCCGUGGUAUAGUCACAUUGGUCGCGGAAAGAAGAAGGAAACGGCGCUGGAGGAUGAUGAGGUGAUGAAGCCGCGGCCGGCAUUGCCAAGCUUCGGCAGUGUGCGCGAGAAGAAGAUUCGUGAAGUCGAGGAGCCGGAGAGGCCUUUGAUCCGACCCCACGAGUCUUCGGCUUCUCCGCCCUCACCCGCUUCCCCGGUCGUGCGUCCGUAUAGCCCCAGCGAGUCCACAAAAGCGGAGCCCGGAUCGUCCAACGACUUCGCCAUCGGCUCCGUACUUGCACAAGAGCAGGUUCUACGAAACGAAGCAAAUAUUUCACGGUUUAGAGAACCACUGCCGCCCGUUGUCACCUCUGUCGAAGGGCAUGGGGAUUUCUCCGAUAGCAUGAGGAGCACGGAUGACGAGGAAGGGCUGUUUGAUGACGCAGACCUCGCCAGCGACGCUGAAGCUAUACCGGACUCGCAAACGACGGCCGCCACAGUGCAGGGGUCCCAGAGCAACUCCCAGAACGGCUCAACCAUAUUGGAGAAGAUUCCUGUUGAGCCCGAGCAGCAAGCUGUCCCACAAAUACCAGCUCAACUGCAGACCGAAGCGGUGCCUGCGAUAGCAAUCACUCAGCCAAGCCCUGCUAUUCCGGAGGAAUCUCUCGCAAAGGAAAAGCAACGGCCGUAUUUUGACGUUCCUGGCAUGUUUCCUGAGGACGAUUCGUCGGACAACAGCCCGAACGCUUCGCAACAAACCGCGGCUGCCACAUCAUUUCCAUCGUCAACUGCAGAUGCGAUGAAGGAGCCGGAAGCUGUUGUUGCACCUUCGCAGGCUCGCACCCUGCCGCAGACCACACUAGCUACCACCCCUCAACUUCCUUUGCCAGAGGAGAAGUCUGACAAUGAAUCAAAUGACUCCAUCUAUAGCGAUGCCUACGAAGAUCUAUCCGAUCUCGAUGGUGAUGGUUUCCAGUCGCUGAAUGCGGUUGUUGAGAGCCCGGUUACCAAAGUAUCACCACCACGGCAGCUCGCUGACACCGCUGCCGGGGAGAAAGCUAGGACUGAGGAGAUGAAGCCUUCAGUACAGCAAGAACCUGCUGAUUCGGUUCCGCUGGUUGCAUUUUCCAAAACAGGAGGCGAUUGGGAACAGGCCAAGUCUUUCUGGCGUAGUCUGACUGCUGAGAAGAGACGACAGCUCGAGAAGGAGGCACUGGAGGAUGCUGGCGCUGACGGCGACGAAGAGGAGAUGCAAACUCCGGUUCGACGUAUGAGCAGCAGAAGCAAAAAGACGGCCGAGCAGCGGCAGUCAACUUCGGUCGCCCAGGCCGCAAAGGCUCAAGCAGCAGCGCCAGCGCCCACGUCUAAGGCGGUACAACCUAUUGAUCCGGAACGAAUUUAUAUGAUUCAGCCUGGAUCCCAGGCUACUCACGGGCCGAUCAGCCCUAAAUCACCAACCGGACGGAUGCGGACUUCAUUGAGGGGGGAGCAACCGGCGAGGACUGGCACUCUCACUAAAACUACUCCUGGUGAAGUCCAUAUGCGGAGAUCCAUGAGAUCCAAUGCUGGCAAUGAAGAGCAUGCCUCGCGCCGUGUAUCAGCGCCUCCGGAGCGCGUGAUAUCUCCACCGAUGUCUUCAGGCCGGCCAAAGUCUGGUUCAAAGUCACAAGCUUCAUACAGCAGUAACACCGUAUCGAACGAUGUUGCCGCCUCAGCUGCGUCGGCUUUCUCACGGACCAGUCGGCCCGCGCCCCAGCGACGUGACUCUGAUGCAAGUGACAGCAGCUUCAAGCGAGCUCGUACGGCUCCUACGAAUGGGUUCGGUUUCCGGCGGACGAUGAGACAGGACACGGCACCAGCGCAGACUGCUUCCCCGGAAGCCACGAAGGGGUCAAGUCGCUUCAGCCUGCGAUCUUUGUCGCCUUCUGGCUCGCCCUUCCGCCGCGCCUCUACCACUGCAGCAAGCAGCGGCCCUCCUGCGAGUAUGUCGAUGCGCCGAACCCUGCGCUCAGGUAGCGAGUCCAGCAAGGAAUCCAAGCCCUCCUCGGUGCAUUUCCCGUCUUUCGGACGCUCCAGCGGCCAAAAGGCAGCUCCUCGUGUAAGCCGCUUCGGCGACUCGAGCGAUGAGGAUGAGCCUGUCCCGACCUUUCGCAGCCGCUUUGAUAAUUCCAGCGACGAGGAAGAUGCUCGGCCCAGUACGGCCUCUCGCCCUCUCUCCAAGGGCACUCUAAGAGGGUCCGCCACUGCGCCUGCUGUCUACAAGAAGGCUACAACCCCCGUGCCGGAAGAGGACGAGGAAUCGCCGGAUUUGCCUGACUCUGACGACGAUCCUUCGAUGCAUAUGCCGAGCCCUCUCCAAAGCCCAGCGAGUCGCGCAACCGCAUUCCGUCCACCCAUAACGGAGCGCCUCAGUUCCGGGAUCGGAACCUCCACUCUGAAACGGUCGGGCUCGGGACGCGGAAGCCUACAGACAUCCGCUACGGCGCCUGUUAUUACGACACCUCCAAAGGAACGCCGGGGAUCGUUCAUGGGCAACAUUCUGCGUCGUAACAAGAAAGUCGACGGUGCUGGCAAGAUUACGCGCUCCGAGAUCAUGGACAGCGCCGCUCGGCGCGAUACCAAGUAUGAGCGUAGCACCGACGAGCUGAAGGGCAUUCGCCGGGACCAGCGACCUACCAGUCCCAAGUUGCAGAAACGAGGCGGUAUCAACAGAGGCGAUAGCUGGCCAUUGCCUGAAGCGGCCGAGAACCCAGAUCGGCCCAGCACCGCUGGAGGACGGGUGAAUGGUGCCGAGGUGGUCAGACCGCCGUUUGCGGGCAGACGGAGCGUCAGCCUGGGUUUGCCCGGAGUGGAAACCCAGGUCAACGGCGUCGAUGUUGGCAGUGUUGGUCAAUUCGAUCCGAGUGUCGGUGCUGCCGGCGCAGACGUGACCAAGAAGAAGAAGAAGUUCGGCACGCUCCGCCGAAUGUUCAGGCUGGACGACUAG